AUGUCGGACGCCUCACGGAUCGCCUUGUUGAAGUUUCGCUCGCAUUCACCUGGAAGAAGGAGUUCUGGAGUCUUCGUUUCAAUUUUCGGGGAUUCUGGAUCCUUCACUUCUACUUUUGUGGAUUCUGGAGCAACUUCCGCUAACUUGAACUCGAUCGGGGUGAUUCCUGGAGCCUGUGGUGAUUUGACUUCUGAAUUCACUACUUCUGAAGUCACCGGAGGUGUCGGUGGUGGCGCUGAGAUAGUGACUUCUGGAGGUCCACACGACGUCUUCAGAAUUGGUUUAUCGAAGGCGUCGGAUAGGAUUGGAGACACUUCGAUUAUAGUGGCUGGAGUUGUUGGGGAGGUCGGUGAGGAGACUGGCGCACCUGAGGCGUCUUCACGGAUCCACACGAUGUCGUCCUCGUCGUCAGCCAUUUUGGAGAGAGAGGAGUGGCUGGAAAAUGGGGAAAUUGGGAGUGUUAGUAAUUACUGGGAUCACAGCUUCCUCAAUCUCAUCGUUCAAGAGUCUGAUUUCCGGAUUGUGGAGGUUUGGAAGGAAGUCGCUCCAAUUCGUGUUUUUAUCUCGGUCACUGAUCGCCAAGAUCUUGGCACUACGUACCACUGGAUGGCCGACUCCUUUGUAUCCUUUGUCACCACUGGGUGUCUGGACAUAAUCCAAUGGGAAGCUGCUAAGGUUACGGAACAGUUAGUCAACGAGAAGAAGCCUGGAACAUCAGUCCCUCAGCUCGACCUCAUGGUGGAUUAA